AUGUUUGCUGAAUUCUCACCGUCACAUGUGGAAAUAAUUGAUUCGACGACUUGUGAUGUUAUAUGGAAUAGUCGAUUUGUUGUUGCUAAGAUGAUGUUAGAGAUGACGAAACCAGUACGCCGUGUUCGAGGUGAACGCGAAUUUGAAGAAGGUGAAGUGCAUGACGAUAGCGAUGAAGAAGAAGAUGGUGAAAUGAAGGAAGAAUGUGGUGAUGAUGUUACGAUUAAUUUUAAAAAAAAAGUUAUUUUCGAUUCUUGUAAUAUUAGUAUUGGAAUACAUAUGUUGUUUGAAAGUGGAUUUGUUCAACGCAAAUAUAGAGAAAAGAGACCGUUGGCAAAAACAUCAGAUAAAUUUAUUGAAGUGGAUGUCGAUUUCGUCGAUGUGCCACCAGGAAAAUGGCGUGCAAUCACAAAACAUGUGAAACAAAAUCGAUUAAUCAUUCUCAAAUUUAGCCUUUGGGCAGAGGUUGCUAGGAGAUACAAGGAAGCAAACCGGUUGUGUCGAUCUGCCAGUUCAGGUAGUAAUUCAUAUCAGCGACCGAUUAAAAAGGCCAGAAUUCGGCCUGGCUUGAAUAUCUUUACAGAAGCGGGUGAGGAACUGGAAUGGGAUUAUGAACAUGAUACAAGAUUUUAUGUGGAAGAUAAGAGUUCAUCAUCGAAUUUUGAGAAAACAACAGAAACAAAAGGGUCUUCCGAGCUGCUGUUAGGAAAACGAAAAAUUAUAAGUCGUGGAAGGGGCGCAAAACAUCUCAAAUGCUUGGAUGGAGUGCCAUCCAUCAUUGAUUCAAUGGCGGCUGAUGACGAGGAAAAAAGUAGAGUAUCAAAAUCAUCAUGCCACGCUUGA